CAUAAAAUUACAAUCAAAGGUCAAGUCGCAGAUGCAGAACUGACGUUAUUUUGGAGUCGUGUCAUCAACAAAUGUCAGGGAUUUAGGGGAAUUUUCACCGAGGAGAGCAACCGUUCAAGUAUUCAAUACGUUAAUUUACACACUGAUUUUGAAAAUUAUGGAUAUUUCUACAUCAUCUACCUUUGUUUGAACCUUGGUUUACACAUAUUCUUGACGAGAAAUUUGAAGCACUACGCCUACGGUACCUGCGGUUACACACGGCAAGUCUACGGGAGAGCGUAGGCGCGACCUCACAGCGACACUGGUCAACGUGGUCUUCCCUGCUGCUACUACUACUAGUACUACUAGUGUGCUAGCUCAGCUCAGCCCUUCAAUUUAGUAACAACAUUGCCGUUGGAAUUUAGAGUCUCCCAACUGUACCGUCACCUUUUACUCAGUUGUGUUGUUUUGAACUAAGGAGUCAUGUCACUUGAAGAUCCAUUCUUCGUUGUGAAAGAGGAGGUAGAGAAGGCUGUGAACACAUCAGAGGGGCUAUACCAGAGAUGGACCAAGCUUUUAGAAGACACAAACAGUGUUAGCAAGGAGGAGUAUGAUUGGACAAUGAAUGAACUCAGGAAUAGUCUUAGGAGUAUAGAAUGGGAUUUGGAAGACCUCGAAGAAACCAUUAGCAUUGUUGAAGCCAACCCAAGGAAAUUCAGGAUAGAACCGAGUGAUCUAGACUCUAGGAGACUCUUUGUAACGAGGACUAAGGAUAGAGUCAGAGAGAUGAAAGACCACAUGAGCAGUCCAGGAACAAGAACAAGAGAGGACAAGAAAGCUAGACAGUCACUGUUAACGAAUGGUCCUGGACGAGCAAAGCAUAAAUACAGUCGGCUGGAGCAAGAAGCUGAAGAUGAUAACCAGAGAUUUAUUAGAGAUAGUCAUCAGCAGCAACAGCUAAUAAUGGAAUCACAAGAUGAUCAAAUAGAGAGGGUAGCCGACAGCGUUGGUGUGCUGAAGAACAUGAGUCAUACAAUAGGGAAUGAACUCGACGAACAAGCAGUGAUGUUAGACGACUUUUCAACAGAGCUAGAGAACACAGAAUCAAGGUUAGACACUGUCAUGAAGAAGAUGGCCAAGGUCACAAGAAUGUCAAAUGAUAAGAGGCAAUGGAUGGCAAUCGCUGUUCUUCUUGUAGUCAUGCUCAUCAUCAUCAUCCUCUUCUUCAUAUGACACCAUCGUCAUGACUGCCUUGGGGAUAUCAUUCUUGGACCACCGCAUGGAGGAAACUUCUACAGGACCACCUCUUUUGUCCAUGUGAUUGAGAGACUCUUCGUCAUCUUAUGAAAUAUACCGCCCUCGUCUAGAUCACUUGUGAAAGGAAUGACCAUCCAAAGGAAAAGGUAUCCCGUAGUUCUGGAGUGAAUCACUCUUAUCCAUGUGGAUGACUUCUGAAGGAAUUGAUCACAUUAUGGCAUGAAGCAGACAGUACGUUAUCCUGAAGAUCCCUCCUAUCUUUCUUUUAAUUCCAGGUGGAAAAAUCCUGUAAGGAUUCAAUGUCCAAAGCAAAAGCAUCAUGUGGAUAUCAUCAAAACUCCCUUAUCAAUAUGGAAGUUUCCUGAAUAGAAAGUUUUCUGUAACAUGAGCAUUUCUUGUCAAAAACAGUUUUCCAUUGACUUCAUUACCAUGGAAUUCCCACAGUAAAAUCUGGUCAAUGGACAAGUUACAGUCUGAGCACAAGUUAUCAGAGCACAAGUACAAAUAUGCUGUAGAAACUACCUAUAUUACGUGUAUGUAUACAAAGCUGCUCCGUCAGUGGUAGAGCUUGAAUAUAAUAUAUAAGUGAAGUUAGAGUAGGUCUUGAAUAUAAUAUAUAAGUAAACAUGAUGCUACCUGACCGCAGACAGCAUUGAAUAGCUUGAAGAUUAGAUGUUAGUACUACAUGUAUGUAUGAGUAAGAUUCUUUGAUGUGAUAGAGAAUUUUCUUUUUGCAGUUAGCAGCUCAAGAAUGUUGCUUUGUAUGCAUGUACAAUGCUCUGAUAUUCAGAGACAUGAAGGAUGUAUACGAAAAGUGAUUUAUUGCAUUUCUUUAUUAUGAUGUGUACUAUUAGUAUUAUACAGUUAGCUGAGGAAAAAUAAUUAUACUGUAGACAAAGUCACUAAAGAGACACUUGAUAAGCUGACAUGGGUUGAAUUCCUUCAAGACCUUUUCAGUGGUGUAUCCUGCCGGGCAGUGUUCAAGCUACAGUGGACGGCAGUGGUCGGGUCCGACCAGCACAGAAAAUUUGUUGGCCACCACUCGUCAUGAAAAACGCUGCAUCCUUCCACCACUAAUUUCACAUGAAAAGUGUUUCAAAACUAACUCCUUGCAAAAGGGAAUUGAAUUUGUGUUCAUUUACAUCUUUAAUGUUGAUAUAUUUGCAUGAUUUACAUCAAACAUUCUUAUAUAUGUGGGGGCGUCGUGGUCUAGUGGUUCUGACUCUCGCCUUUCAA